GAAAAUUUCUAUUUCCUCUGUUUUGUCAAAACAUGAUCAUCUUCAUCAUUCUCUUUCUUUUCCAGGGACUAGAGACAUGUGGCGAGCUUACUCUGACAUGAAAGAAGCCAACUGGAUAGGGGCAGAUAAAUACUUCCAUGCCCGGGGAAACUAUGAUGCAGCCCAAAGAGGACCUGGGGGCGUCUGGGCUGCUAAAGUGAUCAGUGAUGCCAGAGAGAAUUUUCAGAGAUUGACAGGCCGUGGAGCAGAGGAUUGGAGGGCUGACCAAUUUGCCAAUGAAUGGGGCCGGAGUGGCAAGGACCCCAAUCACUUCAGACCUGAUGGCUUGCCCAGUAAAUACUGAGUAUUCUGCUCAUUGGGU